CCCAUCGGGUUAGUUUUCAGCGGUUGGACCACCUUACGUGAAGGAGCCUUCCAGGGCAGUUUCUACUGAGGGGAAAAAGACAUGUUGGCUGCGAUGAGCAUAUGAGCAGGUCGGAUGGGCGAACAAUCCAACCUUACAGCGUAGGCGUGUGAGGGGGGUCAGUAAACUCUAGAUUGACCGCCUACGCGGGCGCAGGAGCGAACAGCGCGUGGGGGAUUCGUCCAGGGGAGUGUGCCCGCUAGGAAGAGGCGUCCCCCAUAAGUAGUAGCACAACCCCUUUACGUAGCACCACCCACUACGUGGCGUAACCCCUUUACGUGGUGUAACCCCACUACGUAGCUCCCCCCACUGCCCCCAAUGUCGAACCGCAAGAAGGUGGCCUACUUCCACGACCCCGACAUCGGGAGCUACUACUACGGGGCGGGGCACCCGAUGAAGCCGCAGAGAAUCCGCAUGACGCACUCGCUGAUAGUCUCGUACAACCUGUAUAAGUACAUGGAGGUGUACCGGCCCCACAAAAGUGACGUAAACGAACUGACCCUCUUCCACGACUACGAAUAUGUAGAUUUCCUCUCCUCCAUUUCGAUGGAAAAUUAUCGUGAGUUUACAUACCAACUGAAGCGAUUCAAUGUUGGGGAAGCAACCGACUGUCCUGUGUUCGAUGGCCUCUUCCAAUUCCAGCAGUCAUGUGCAGGUGCUUCUAUAGAUGGGGCAGCCAAGCUGAAUCACCACUGUGCGGAUAUCUGCGUGAACUGGUCAGGCGGAUUGCACCACGCGAAGAUGUCCGAGGCCAGUGGCUUCUGCUACAUCAACGAUAUAGUACUAGGAAUUUUAGAAUUGCUAAAGUACCACGCGAGGGUAAUGUACAUAGAUAUUGAUGUGCAUCAUGGGGAUGGAGUGGAAGAAGCUUUUUAUGUAACCCAUCGAGUUAUGACUGUCUCAUUUCACAAAUUCGGGGACUAUUUUCCAGGAACUGGCGAUAUUACAGACAUUGGGGUGCACCACGGGAAGUACUACAGUGUGAAUGUGCCCCUAAACGAUGGAAUAACUGAUGAUGCGUUUGUGGACCUCUUUAAAGUAGUGAUUGAUAAGUGCGUUCAAACGUACAAGCCGGGGGCAAUCAUACUGCAAUGCGGGGCGGACAGUUUAACGGGGGACCGAUUAGGAAGAUUCAAUUUAACCAUUAAGGGUCAUGCCAGAUGUGUAGAACACGUUCGCUCGUAUAAUUUACCCCUUCUCGUUUUAGGUGGGGGAGGAUACACCAUUAGAAAUGUCUCUCGGUGUUGGGCCUACGAAACGGGAGUUGUGCUCAACAAGCAUCAUGAAAUGCCUGACCAGAUUAGCCUAAACGAUUAUUACGAUUAUUAUGCCCCCGACUUUCAGCUGCAUCUACAGCCUUCAAGCAUCCCCAAUUAUAACUCCCCAGAACACUUGAGCAGAAUCAAAAUGAAAAUUACAGAAAAUUUGAGGAACAUAGAACAUGCCCCUGGCGUCCAGUUUGCCUACGUCCCUCCGGAUUUCUUUGACUCCGAAAUUGAUGACGAGUGCGAAAAGAACCAAUAUGAGUUGAAAGACGACGGGGGGGGCGGCCGCGCCGCAGGCACCAGGGCCAAGGACCACGCCACCUCCCACCACCUGCGCAGGAAGAACUACGAGGACGACUUCUUCGACCUCUCCGACCGGGACCAGAACGUCGCCCUCUGA